AGGCCGCAAGAAAAAGAGGGAGGGAAUGUAAAUACAAAGCAUUUGUGGAAUAUAAAGAAAAAACAUCCCCUAUAACAAUCUCCAAAUAAUUUAGCACCGAGACGUUCGGGGAGAAGGGUGGUUCAGUCUUAGCCAGUUGGGAUGGAGCGUUAGUGUAGCGAAGGAGAGGAGUUUUCGACCGAAGAUGCAGGUGUCGGCAUGGAUGCUCUGGGUGGCGUGGCUGUGUACCUGGACUGAGGCGUCAGGCCAGUGUCAGUGCCAGUGCGCAUGCCCACCUGAUGAACAGCUGGCACAGAGGACGCAAAUGGAACAGAGGUCAGAAAGGUCAGGGGGGAGAGGGCACUUUCACCAUCACCUGGCACAUCAUCGGGCAUCACACAGGGACAGAGCCCAUCGAAGGAAAGGUUCCAGGCUCAUUGAAAACAAUCUCCCCCGUAUUGUCCAUCAUCCUUCUGAUGUGGUGGUCAGGGCGGGCAGCCCAGCCACGCUGUCCUGCAGGGCGGAGGGCAACCCUGAGCCCACCAUCCAGUGGCUUAGAAAUGGGCUGCCACUUGACACUGAUAGGAUGGAUGGGGAGUCAAGGCCUAUCGUUUUACCAGAAGGAAGUUUGUUUUUCGUCAGCGUGGUCUCCGGCCGGAAGAGUCAGUCUCAUGAAGCCGUGUACGCCUGCGUCGCCCGGAACAACGUCGGAGUGGCGACCAGUAGAAAUGCUUCUCUUCAUAUAGCAGCUCUUAGGGAGGAGUUUCGCAUCCAGCCCAGUGAUGUAGAGGUGGAGGUUGGUGAGGUAGCUGUGAUGAACUGCAGCCCACCUGUAGGACAUCCUGAACCUAACAUCACCUGGAGGAAAGACGGGAUUCUCAUCAACAGCACCAAUGAACAUUACACUGAAUUGAAUGGUAAACUGAUCAUUGCUCCAGCACAGAAGAAUGACUCUGGUGUUUAUAGCUGUAUCGCCUCAAAUACAGUUGGUGUGAGAGAGAGCAGGGCGGCCCGGCUGUCUGUUUUAGCCAAGCCGGUGUUAUUGCAAAAACCAGAGGACGUGUCAGUGCAGCUCGGGGAGUCGGCACAGUUUUUCUGCGAGGCUUAUGGAGACCCCAUGCCCUCUGUGGAAUGGAGACGAGAGCAAGGACCUUUACCCAAUGGCAGAUAUUUAAUCAACCCAGACCACAGUCUUCAAAUUCACUAUGUGACGGCACAGGAUAUGGGAAGAUACACCUGCAGUGCAAAAAAUAAGCUUGGGGUGUCUGUGGCCAGUGCACAACUAUUCGUAGAGGAUGUGGGCAGCACUAGACUGAGAGAUCUACACAGGGAGCUGUCUGCCUUACGUGUCAGUCUGGAUAAUGUCACAGUUCUGAGUACGGCUUCAAAUAUGUCUCAAGUCAUGUGGAGGCUGCAGACCUCUGUUUCACAGCCUCACUAUCUUGAAGGCUUUGAGAUUCUCUAUCGAUCUCUUCUGCCUGCUAGCUCAGACUGGACAGCUCAAAGGGUUCCUCAGCCCGCCCUUCACACUCACGUGGGACCUCUGAAGAGAGGCUAUAAGUACGAGUUUAAAGUCAGACCCUACGGCAGCAGUCUGUACGGCAGGGAGAGCAAUACCAGACACUUACGAGUGCCAGAAACGGUUCCCAGCGCACCACCUCAGGAUGUCUCCAUAACAAUGCCCACUGACCGUAAUGACACCGUCCAUUUGAGCUGGCAGCCUCCCCCUCACGAGGCUCACAAUGGGAUUAUUCAUGGAUAUCAGGUGUGGUGUGUGGAGUCUGAAGAGCUGAAGUCAUUAAACUGGACAGUGGACAGUGGCACACACAGUACUGAGAUCAGUCUGCUGCAACCUGACAGACUCUACUGGAUCACUGUGGCUGCUGUUAAUGGGGCAGGAGUCGGGCGUCAGAGUGACCCAUAUAAACUGAUCAUAGAGUCGAGGCAGGAGGCGACACCAUAUGAAACAGGCAUGCUGAGUAUGUCUCAUUUCCUUGCCGUGAUUAAAGAGCCAGUAUUCAUUGGUAGCAUCUGCACCCUCCUGUGGUGUAUUUUGAUGGUCACAGCCAUGUUUCUAUACAGAAGACAUGUCAGAUCUGCAAAGCAGGGAGGCAAAAGCUCAGGUUUGUACAGACUGGAAAAUGAAGAUCUCAUCAUCAAACACAGAAUGGCAGCACCAGAUUCUCCAUGGAUCUCUGGUGGAUGGAGGCCGAACUCUAGAAACGAGUCCAAGCAGGACCUUUGGACCCCGAACCAGGAUAACCCUGGCCUCCGGAGAACUACUCUGCCCAUCACAGCUAACAAAGACUCCAACCCCCUCCGGUCAGCCGUACCCAUCGUACCGGACAAUUGUGGAGUCUACGGCACCUUUUAUGUGGAUCUUAGUGGUAAUGGACUGAAGACGUUUAAUAGUCCGGGCCGCUGUCCCAGAAUGUCCCACGGCAGCUCUCAGCUACAUAAUUCUGAGACCGUUCGCAUCACCGAACCCAUCGUCAAGACCGCCGUGGUACGGGAAGUGCAGGCGUUGCCAUGGAAACGUGCCCUCCCGGCCCAGCCCAGUAUGGGGGUGCUUAAAGAAUCAUGGGAGAAAAAUUUUAAGCGAGAUCUGCAUGCAGUAAAAAGCGCCCCUUUAAUGCCAAUGCAUCAACAAGCUCUGGCUGUACGCACCCCUCCAAGCAACCAUCAGCAGAAAUUCAGACAGAACCCAGCAGGUGGUGUCUCAGAGUCUGUGAAACCUGUGAGCUCUCCACGGAUCCUGCAUUACUCUGCCUCGCUACAGUUGGUGGAUAUGUUACCAAGCCCUCCACCCCUUCCCAUAGAGGACAACUACAGCAUCAGCUCAGAGGAUGAGUCAACCAGGUCCACCAAGCUGACAGUAGACGUUGGCUCUCAGCAGUCUGUAUGUGCCGCUUCUGGGCUUCAGGGACCUUCUGGGGCCACCACAGGCUGUCCAUCUCACCACAGCUCAUCCGCUGGAUGUCCAAGCCAGCCGAGUCCCUCGUACAGCCACCUCUCCACAGCUUCUUUCUGUCUGUCCGCAGAUGACUACCAGGACACCACACUCAGUACCCAGGGCCACACGCAGUACAUGGAGAUCAGCCCUAAACCACAAGGACAAACCACUUCCUAUCAGAGUUCACCAUCGAUCUCCCGCCCAUUUUCUCCAACGCCCACGUUGGGCUACAUCUACGGGCCCGCUGACCGGGAGAUCAGAGACAUGGAUGAGGAGCAGGAGUCUCAACCGAUAGGUCUCAGACGAGCCACGCUGAGGAGCACGCCCUCCUCCUGUUGUAGCGAAUGGGAGGGCUCGCUGUGGAACGGAUGGGGCUCGGUGUCUGAGAGCAACUUGACGAGUGCUCGAACCAGCAUCAUCAGCUCAUCCGACUGCUCGUUCAUAAAUGAUGCAAACUUCGCCCGUGUCCUGGCUAUGACAGCGGAAUCCAUGAGCGGUACGUUAUCAGAUUUCUCUCCACCGGCAUCCCCUCUAAGCGCUCUGUUCCCCCCUCGAGAUUGUUUCGGAGAUGUGGAGCCUAUGCCUGUCUGGGACUGGAGCACCACAUGGGUGGAGGAGUUGGAGGCACAGCUCAGAGCCUCCAGAGAUGCGAGGAGGACCGCAACAUCUCGACACUCGGGCAUUGAGCAUUGGAGAGGACAACUGGAGAGCAGCAACAAGACCCCAUCUCAACGAUGAUUAGACAAAAGGUUGACUUUUGGACAUUUUCCUGAAUUCUGCAGGGAGUCGUUCGUUUUGACAGGCCUGGGUUUGUAAUAAGGUCGCUUAGGUUUAAGAACACAUUAUAACAAAGAGAAUUGUACAGGAAAUUCAUAUUGGCAUUCAAAGAUAUGUAAAUAAACCAGUUUUAUUUAAUAAACAAUACCAUAUACGUUUUA